AUGGAGAAAGACGCUGCCUUGUCCGUGGUCAACCACGAAUUUGUCGGUGGCAGAAUCAUGUGGUUGCCCAAGAAGGUGAUGAUAGAACCUGGUAAUCUACCAGCCCUGGAUGAUAAGUUAUUCGAUCAUCCGGUUUUGAUCAUAUCCGAGCAUCGCGAGGAGCAAACAGAUAUUGUUCGCGUCUUGAUUAUAACCACUUUCGCAAAAGAGGGUCUGGAGACUAGACAUGGCCGGUCCCUCCCAUGCCGAUAUUACCUGCCGCUCCCUGGCGCGCCUGGCCAUCCCUGUUCGAAAUGGAGCGAAGACGUACCCUCCAAUUUGACGUUCGCCGAGGGGAACGGGAAUGAAAAGGCUCUCCGUGAUUCUUGGAUAAAUGCCAAAGCGUCCUAUUCGGUGUCGUACCAGUGCCUCAUCAACUGGAAAAAUAUGCAGAGGACCCCGACACUUACCGAGGAGUCUCUUAGGGACGUGAUUAACUAUCACACGGAGAGGGUACCUAAAAUUGAGAGGUGGGAUGAGGCAGAGAGACGCUCAAAGGAGGAGGAGGAGAAGGAAGAGGAGAAGAGGAUAGAUGAAAUAAGGUUGCGACCAUCAUGGCGGCUACCUUUGCAACACCCCGUGAGCGAGACUCGCGGGGUUGUCAGCACAACAACAUACUCUUCUGAGAUGUCAAUAUCUCAGAGUGCGGUAAUGUUGGCGAAAAAUGAUCGAUGUGAUGGAGGUGCGCGAUGGAUGCGGCAAGUCCGGAGGGAGGGGAAAGGCUGGUGCCCUCUGGGGUGUCUCUGCUGUUACUGCUGCGAUAAUUGGAGAGAUAGGAGGUGUGCGUACAGUGAUCCUCCAAGGUCGAAAUCAAUUUCGGCCUUGAUUCCUAAUCCCGGUUCGCACAUUUACAGAGUGGUGGACGAGAGACCGAUCAAAAGGACCUUUUAUGAUAAGAAUAGAGGUUCCCGAGCCCACGUAUCUGAGAGGAGACCGGUUAUGGAUUUCUCCACGAGCCUUUGCCAGAAGCCACUGGUUUCGGCACCUACCGAGGUGCUGGUCAUAGCCAGUUUCGACGUUUUGUCCCAGGAAACUGGGGUCGGCAAUGCGCAAAACCUCCUUUAAUGAGUUGCUGGUUUCCUCCAGUCCUUGGCGGCACAUGAUAGGAGGUAGCCCACCGCUCGUGGGCAAUUUGGUUUCAUCAAGUUCAUCACGCACUCCAG